AUGGAAUGUCGGAAAACCGCGAACCUAAAACCCCCAAUAUUCGAGCCUCCUGGGAGAGAUAAUUCCAAUGACGACAUUGUAUGGAUCCCAUAUCCUCGUUCCAACCAUAUUGGAUACGAAAAGAAGUCUGCCUUACUCCGUGAAAUAAUGAUCCAAACGGUGGGCUUCACGGAACUUGUCGUCAAUAUGCAAGACUUGCUUUUUGAUGAGGCAUUUGAUAUGAAUAUUGGCGACCUAUGUAGGGCGGUAAGCGCUGUGUACACUCGCCUAGAAACAUGGCUGGAUAACCUGCCCCCUCCACUGAAAAUCGACAAGGAAGCUGUACAAGUCCCGCAAGUAUUGAGUUUGCAUAUCAGAUACCACCAUGCCAUCAUCCAGCUCUUCGAUUUCUUAAUGAACCACGAAGACUUCGCUCCUAUGUCGCAUCCGUCUGAUGUUAACCAGGCUCGACUCAUCCGACUUCAGUCAGCGAAGCAGAUUGCUGACUAUCUCCUCCUAUACCACGAAGCCUAUGGGCUUAGGCAUGUUCCCGGCCAGAUGCUGGAGCCUGCCAAUGCAAGCACCCUCAUCUUACUGGCCGCUUUGGACGACUGCAAAGAUAAUCUCAAAGAGGAAUUCAUUGAAGUGUGUCGGUUCCUAGUGGCCUUCAGCAAGAGGUUCUCCCUCGCGAGAGACAUGCUCGCGAAUAUAGAAUCUACAGCCGAAUCCAAGGGAAUCAAACUCUCCCCCGAAGCCGGUGCAGUGUUCGACCACAGGAAUUUGGAAUCGUCCCAGUGGCUAUAA